AUGUCAACAAAUAUACAACCUCAGGUUGACAUAAUACCAACAAUACCUAACAUGGUUAUCAUAAAUACUAUAAAUCAUCUUGUUGAUAGAAUCAAAAUUCUAUCAGAGCAAGUACAUACAUGUACGAAAAUUAGUGAUCAAUUCAUAAACCAUUCAUUUAAAUCAAUAAAUAUAAAUGGUACCCAUGCAAAAUAUGUCCAUAAUCGAAGCGUUCUGUAUAUUAUCAAAAAACUUUUACGCCUGAAACAAUCAAACCAAAAUGUAAUCAAAUCAUUGCAUCGUUAUCAAUGCUAUAUGGAAAAAUUAAUUUUUGAUAUACAACAAGAAACUGCAAGAAGUAAUCAAACGGAAAUUACAAGAAUUAAAUCAAGAAGGUCCAAAAAUGUUGAUACUGUUCAACAAGUUGUAGAAGCCGAGUAUCAACUGUUAAAAAGUCUUAAAUGUUCUCUGGAAUCGAAAUUGCAUCUACUAUUUGAUACAGUUGAAAAUGUAAAGUGUGUUCAAUGUAAACUUGAUCAAUGGAUAACUGAGCAUGAGCAAAAUAUAGAACAUUCCAAGAAGUGUGACGAAAUUCUUGCAGAAUUAACAACAAUAGAUGGUCAAGUUGAAGUACUAAAUGAAAGUUAUUCAACAACGCUGAAUUUAGAAAACAUUUCAAAAAUUAUAGAUUCCACUUUAUCUCAUGUUAAUACAUUGCAAUUAGAUUUAACCAUUAUGUUUGAAAAAAUUCAACAGGUUAUAAAUGGUACAAGAAAUUCAGUUUUUUAUGCUUUAACUGAAGAAUGUACAUUUCUUACGAAACAACUGCACCGACUAUUUCUUUCAAGUUUAAAACACAAGAUGGCUAAUAAUAAAAAUUUAAAAAUGAUGAAUCAGAUCAUGAGUAAAACACCAAACAAGUCAAAUAAGAAAUUAUUGCAAAAAUUAUUACAAAAUAACGAAGAAAUUCAGACUAUUAGAAGUGAACUAACUAUACAAUAUAAUCGAAUUAAUCAAUAUUUGCAAGCUGAUCUCAACACAAUGAGAACUCGACACAGAUAUCAAGGUCAACAGUUACUUCAUUUAAAUAAUUUACCACUGAAACCAAUAAUUACUAAAAUUAAUCUUGAACCACAUAGGCUAUGAAGCAUGUGUGAUGCCACAAUGUCAACUACGAACUUGACCAAUAAACGAAUGAUCCAUUUAAAUCACAACAUAAAAAGAAAACUAUAGAUAUUUUUUUCUUGCUUCUGUAAGCUAUAUCAGCGAUAAUGUGUUGAAAUACAAAGAAAUGCUUUGAAAAAUCAACCGAAAGCUUAUUUUCUUACAUGGAAUGACAAUGUAGUUACUUGACUUACUAUAUACAUUUUACACUGACGUACACUGUGAAUACACGAUGAAACAACAUGAAUUUGAUUAAUAGAUACACUGAGACAACCAGCGUCUAUUUUGAGAAAAGUACUACAAAUUCUCUCUCCAUCUGUCGCUUCAAAAUGCUUGUUUCACGUGCGCUUAUCCGAUGACCCUGUGGCAUCGUCGUCUGGUCUUGCUGGCGUUGGUGUCGCACUAAGCGCUAGAGCUGAGGCAGCACUAAUCGAUUGGAUCCCCAUUAACAGUCGGUUAUGUGCUGUUAGAUUAGAAAGUUCCAUCAAAUUGAGAAGAAAUCGGCGUGCGAAACGAUGUCUCUUCGUUAUCUACGCCUAUGCUCCGACAGAUUGCAGCCCGGAUGCAAUCAAGGAUGAAUUCUGCCAACAGUUGACCGUUCUUUUCCAGAAAGUGCGUUCGACAGAUAUUGUAGUACUAGUAGGAGACUUGAAUGCUCACGUCGGGUGUCUAGGCACAGAAGAGAGUCGUUUAGGUGGCCGAUGGGGACUCGUUGGUUGCAGGUCAGAUAACGGGGACCGUCUACUGCAACUGUGCACAGACCACAACCUGUUUCUGUCUAGCACUAACUUCCGGCACAUUCAUCGCCGAUGUGCCACCUGGCGUCCUCCCUCUGCAUCGCAAGCCUGGACUCAGAUUGAUCACAUCGCGAUCAGCUACCACUGGCGUGGUUGUGUACAAGACUACCGCUCCUUUUGGAGUACCUAUCUGGAAUUUGACUAUGCCUUGGUCUGCGCCAAUCUUACCUUACUUUUCAGUGGCCAACGAAUCGAUCGCCCAAUCUCACCAUUCCUCUUCAACUUUGCCAUCGAUGACAUUCUGGAAACAGCUCUGACGGAUGUAAGUAAUGGUGGUGUGGAUCUGUUGUGUAUGAAACUCGGGAUAAGCGAUAGUGUUUGUAAUAGACCACUUAUUCAGACGCCAAUGGUUCACAUGUUUACGUUCAGUUAAUUUAUGAUGCAUCAAAACUAUAAUUCUAUGUUACUGAUGAUACCUUCAUCAGUUCCAAAAAUGCCGCACUUGAUAACUCAUCAUAAACUUCGAUACUAGUGAAUUGACAGUCAGUGACUAGUUGAUUGAUUGUAGUGACAAUAAUAAUUUUGAUAUUGAUUGUUGUUAGUGAAUAAAUUUAGAUAACCAGUAAAUACAUGUGAAAUAAAUUCACCUCACGAACUAGCAGAAAAGCUAACUAGAUUACAAAUGAUACAUACAUACAUAUAUUUACUAUUCCAACUAAACGUUUCAUGUGAUCCAGAUAGUAGAAAAUAAUCAUAUUUUUUAACAAUAAAUCCCAACUUACGAAAAAUGUUCAUAUCAGAUCACGCUCACUAAAUUAAUCUAUUUAUCAGAAUAUAACUAUUCAAAUAAUAUCAGGGAAAAGGAUUACGGACGUGUAGUAAAAUCUGAAGUCUGAACUAUGGAAAAAAUUGCGCAAACUCACAAAUUUACUUUCUUUUUGAGAAUAUA